AUGUCCUCACAAACACACGUCACCAAUGGAUCCAACACAACUGGUUCCAAAGGCAACCAGUCCAGUCCCAGCACCACCAGUAAAAUCACAUCAGCAACCAAUGGAUCCAACAUAACUGGUUCCAAAGGCAACCAGUCCAGUCCCAGCACCACCAGUAAAAUCACAUCAGCAACCAAUGGAUCUAACACAACUGGUUCCAAAGGCAACCAGUCCAGUCCCAGCACCACCAGGAAACUCACAUCAGCAACCAAUGGAUCCAACACAACUGGUUCCAAAGGCAACCAGUCCAGUCCCAGCACCACCAGGAAACUCACAUCAGCAACACAUGGAUUCACCACAACUGGUUCCAAAGGCAACCAGUCCAGUCCCAGCACCACCAGUAAAAUCGCAUCAGCAACCAAUGGAUCCAACACAACUGGUUCCAAAGGCAACCAGUCCAGUCCCAGCACCACCAGUAAAAUCACAUCAGCAACCAAUGGAUCCAACACAACUGGUUCCAAAGGCAACCAGUCCAGUCCCAGCACCACCAGCAACCAGUCCAGUCCCAGCACCACCAGUAAAAUCACAUCAGCAACCAAUGGAUCCAACACAACUGGUUCCAAAGGCAACCAGUCCAGUCCCAGCACCACCAGUAACACCACAGAACUGCCCCCGGCCCCGGCCAGCGGCAGCGUACCCGGAUUCGGGAUCGCUCUGCUGGUUCUGGCUGCUCUGAUUUUGCUGCUGUUCAUCCUGCUAAUCAUCGGACUGCUGGUGUGGUGCUGCUGCUUUAAGGGGCGCCACAACGACUUCGGUCCCUACGAAGAUCCGAACAACUUCCCUCUGUACACCACACACACUCGCUUCGAUGGGCCCAACGGGAUGAAAUACGCAGAGAUGGACAAGCCAAUGAAGAACCGGACCGGGACGUACACGGUCAACCAAUAG